AAUGGGCUCCUGCAGCGCACAAACUAGUCUGUCACCUGAGCAUUUUCCCCCCUGUUGAACAGCUUAUCAGACUUACAGCAACUAUGACGACACAUCUGUCUCUGGCUUUGCUGCUUUGUGCACUGUUGCCCCUAGCAGAUGGAUUUUGCACCGCAGGGCCACAACAAGUGACUGCCACACAUUGCCUGGAUGAGACGGACAAUGAGUGGCACCCCAUUGGAUCAUCUUGGAGAAACAGUGCCUGCAUGGAUUGCUCUUGCAGCGGGUGUUGCGCUGCGUUCAGCAUUCCCAGAAAAUUCCCCGCAGAUUGUGUGUCCGUUCUCGACCCGGUGGCAUGUAAAUACAAAGUUUACAAGAGGGACAACCCGUCAGAAGAAUGUCCCGUUUUUGGUGCGGUUGGAAAGUAAUGGAAAAAAAUGUCACCCUGCGUUGACCCUCUUUUUACAUUUGCAACACAAAAAUGUCACGUGCUUACAAAUGGAAAACAAUAAAACAUACAAUCCCUAAUUGA